AUGGAAACAACUACAGAAAAGAAGAAAGCUCUGAAGAAAGUAAAAACAUUUGAAAAAGAAAAAGAAAUAACUGCGGAAAGAGAGAAACUUCCAAGGAAGGUGAAAAAAUCUGUAGUAGAAGAGGGAACAACUGUGAAAAAGGCGAAAAUUACAAAGGAAGUGAAAAAAUCUGCGCAAGAAAUAUCUACUGAAAAAGAGAAUGUUUCUAAAAAACUGAAAAAAUCUGAGAAACAAACACCUGCUGAAGAAGAGGAUGUUCCGAAGAAAGUGAAAAAAUUGGAGAAAGAAAUGGUUAAGGCGAAGAAAGUGGCAAAAGAAGUGAUGAAAAGAAAAGGCGAUUCAGUUCCAAAGAAGGCGAAAUUACCGAAGAGACAAAAACUUUCCACAAAACAACCAUUCAAGGCUGGAAAAGGCUUAAAGAGAAGUAAAAUUCAGAUGAAAAAAUCCAAGUGA